UUCAGCGUUUAGCACGAAAAGAGGUAUCCCUUUGGUCGCACGUGCUGAUCCGAAGGGCUUCCCUUCCCGUUCUCUGGAUCAUUAUGAGAAACGGGAUAGAGGAGGAGGAGGAGGGGGAGGAAGUGCAAGAGGGAAUGGAUGAUACGGAGGAUGAUGCUCGCUACCCACCUAACCCGCUUGGCCUCAACCACCAUCGUUCUUCGUCCUCGCACCGCCCCAAGCUCCCUGUCCGCAACCCAACUGCCAAUAACCGCGCGGGCUACAACGAUGACGAAGAUGACGACGACGACGAAGAUGGCGAGGAAGACGACGACCCCCAGCGCCACCGGAAGCGGCAGCAGAACCCCAGGAUGGAUGAGGAUGAGGAUGAGGAAAACGAGGAAGAGGUGCCACGCGGUGGUAGGGAGCACGCCCAGCGGCCGGAGAAGCACAAUUACGAGUUCGCGCCCCGGCCGAAGCGGUUGCAGCCACCGCCCCCUUCGUUUCCGCGUCCGGGGCCGGCCGAUUGGACCGAGGCAGCAACCAACGCUCUGCUUGACAUUUGGGGCGAACGGUUCGUGCAGCUCGGCAGGAAGAGUCUUCGCUCCGACGAGUGGCAUGACGUCGCCGAGAAGGUGUCGGCGGUCGCCAAGAUCCGCCUUACAGACGGGCAGUGUCGGAAUCGCCUCGAUACGCUGAAGAAGAAGUACAAGAGGGAGAAGUCGAAGCUCGUCGAGUCCGGCGGUGGUAGCAGCCGGUGGGUCUACUUCGAGCGGAUGGAUUCGCUUAUGGGCUCGUCGCCCACGCCUCCGCCUCCUCCGCAGCCAGCGCGACAGCCUCUCGCUUGCGGGAUCGACUCCGGCGAGUAUGUUUUCGCGAAUUCUAGGGGUUAUAUGGAUCAGGCAAACGGAAUUGACGAGUUAGGAGAUAGCUCAGAGUCGGGAUCGGAGAAUGACGACGCAGAGGAUGAGGAUGACGACUCCGAUUGCCCGCCGCCAAAGAAGGCGAGGCCACCCCCUGCCAGAGCAAGGGCGGAAGAAGACGGCUUGAACGACGAUGCCAUGUCCUUCCGUAUGCUGGCUGAGUCUAUACAAAGGUUUGGAGAGAUCUACGAGAAGAUUGAGAACAGCAAGAGGCAGCAGAUGAUCGAGUUGGAGAAAAUGAGGAUGGAGUUUCAGAGGGAACUGGAGACGCAAAGGAGGCAAAUUUUGGAGAGGGCGCAGGCAGAGAUUUCGAGGAUACAGAAAAACGAUAAGGAUGCUGACACCUCUGUCACUCAUGCAAGUGGGUGAAGCUAAGAAAUGAAGUUUGAAUUAAGGCAUCGAGAAUUUCUCAGGCUGAAGUUGAAGUUCUAGGUGUGGAAAUUGGGAAGCUGAGUGUUUAAUUUGCUGACUCAAUUAAUUCAGCUGCCAUUGUUCUACAGUACCUCUUAUGCAAGUCCCAAAACUCAUAAUUGUGUAUAACUUUGAUGCUGUUGGCAUUGGCCUGGUCUUUCACAUCAUAUUGAGGUGAUGCUUGGGUGGCAUGCUGUUGUUUAAGUGGUUGGUGAAUUAUCAUAGCAUAUGUUGUUUCUCUGUCACGACAAACUUUUUUUGGUUGAUUUAUGCCCCUUGGGCCUGCAAUUUCACCUUGUAACUUAGCUAUUCUUGUUACUCA